UUCAGUUAAUUCUUGCAGCUCACAAUUUUUUAAUCGUGAUGAUGUUGCUUCUAAAGAUCACAUUUCUCGCCAUACUAGUGAAACACGUUGAUUGUAGUUUCGAACUGGUUGACCAGUACGGAAAUACAAUAACAACUGAGGGAGAGGAGGGUUUACUGCUGUAUAAUGGUGGAACAGUAUGUGACGAUCACUAUGAUACUGAUAAUAACGCAUCUAAUGCUGUUUGUAAACUGAUGGGAUUUGAAGCGUUUAGUAGCCAUACAAACAGUCAUAAGUGGAAAUCUUUGCAGGACAGUUAUUCUAUAACACUUGAUCAAGUCAAAUGUUCUUCGACAGAAUGGUCUUCCUGCACGUAUGUUGACUCAACACAUGACUGUGGCCAUGGUGAAGAUGUGUUUCUAACUUGCAGAGGAGUGUGCUCCCCAGGUCAACACCGCAGCUCAGGGACCUGUGUGAAUUGCUCCUCCAACACUUUCAAAGUAGAGACAGGUAUCCAAAGAUGCAUUCCAUGUCCAGAGGGAGCAAUUAGUCAAAUAGGUGCAUCACAAAAUUCACAGUGCAUCACAUGUCCAGCAGGUUCCCGGCCAUUGGAUGAAAGAGCAGCAUGUAGUUGUGCAGCUGGGCAGAUAUGGACCUGGACUGAUCGAACCAGUGGCUCUUGCACAUUGUGUCCAGAAGGCUCAGCCAGUCCUGGAGGUUCUCUAACUUGCACAGAAUGUCCCUCCGGUUCGACACCACUGCAGAACGGAACAUCCUGUAGUUGCGAGCCUGGAAGGAUUUGGAGCUGGGAUGAGAAAAAUAACGGUUCCUGCGAGCUCUGUCCCCUGAAUACCUACAAAGAUAACCACAUGUUAAUAUGCACUGCUUGCCCUGAAUUCUCAUCUUCUACAGAAGGCUCUGCUACCUGCAAAUGUACAGGGGGCAUGUUUCUGAACGGAACUAUCUGUCUUAGCUGUCCUUCGGGAAAAUACAAAGAUGAAGUAAUGCUGAAGUGUGAAAACUGUCCUGAAUCCUCCGUGAGCCCAGAGGGAGCUUUGCAAUGCCUUAUAUGUACUUCAGGAUCAAAUUCCUUGAAUAGCAACACUAUAUGCCGCUGUCCAAGAGGGAUGAUUUGGACUUGGACGAACCUAACCAGCGGUUCCUGCAGCAUCUGCCCGCCGAAAACUUAUAAAGACUCCCAGUUGUUUGCUUGCACUCCUUGUGGCAAAUUUUCACAGUCCACUGCCGGAUCUGAAAGAUGCACCUGCGUCGCCGGUACAUACAAGAACCCGAAUAUGACAUUCUGUACCAUGUGUCCAGAGGGAACAUCAUCAGAAGCAGACUCAGAACAUUGCAUCUGCUCAGCAGGACAGUUUUGGAACGGAACUCUGUGUCAGGUGUGCAAAGAAGGCUCAGCCAGUCCUGGAGGUUCUCUAACUUGCUCAGAAUGUCCCUCCGGUUCGACACCACUGCACAACGGGACAUCCUGCAGCUGCCCUAUUGGGACUACUUGGAAUUGGAGAGACCAAAUUAGUGGUUCCUGUGGUCUCUGUCCAGCUAACACUUUCAAAACCUCCCAAAUGUCUUCUUGCGCACCUUGUCCACCACUCUCGACUUCAACUGCUGGCUCUAGUAAAUGUUCCUGUCUUCCUCAUACGUACAAGAAUUCCAAUAUGACAUCCUGUGCCAUGUGUCCAGAAGGAACAAACCCAGAAUCUGACUCAGAACAUUGCACCUGCUCAGCAGGACAGUUGUGGAACAGAACUCUUUGUGAGAUCUGCAAUGUAGGUUCUGUUAGUCUGAUAGGAGCUUUGGAGUGUCAACAAUGUCCUCCUGAUACCUCAGCAGACACGAUGACGUCCAUCUGCACCUGCCGAGAUGGAAAAACGUGGAGCUGGAGUGACCAAGGAAAUGGUUCCUGUGUGUCUCUUCAACCUUUUCACACAAGCUUAAAGAACCAGAAUAAAAGUAUUGCGAUACUAGCAGGCGCAUUAGGAUUAUCGGUACUGCUGUCUCUUCUGCUAGGCUUGCUUCUGUUUUAUGAGAGAAGAAACGGAAGAAAACAGGCGACAGGACCUAGAGUAGUCUACACUGCAGAGGGAGAGGUGGGUAUCGGAGACCAGCAGAGUGAAGCUAGAAGAGAUCCGGAAGAUCCCAGGAUAAGACAGGUGAUAGAAAAUGAAGCGGUCUGCCAUGUGAAUGAUGUCCAGGGCUCUACGGGGGGUGUGGACGAGGAUAUAUACGCGGAUGAGGAUAUAUACGACACCAUAUGA